UUAGCGCAGAGUCGAGAAGAUGCGUCGAAGUUGCAAGAAAUCGUUAACAACUUGGAGACGGAGUAUGCAUGUCUGGAGUUUCAAAAGUGUGAAUCGGUGUUGCGUUUGCACGAGAUUCAAGGGAAAUUUCAGACGGAGCAGCAGAGGAACGUUGAAUUGCGCGAAAGCGUGCAACGCACUCUCGUAGUGCUCUUGGGAAUGUGGGAAGAGGGCAGCAUCUCUCAAACGGCGUACAACUCGCUCCUCGACACAAUACAGAGCUCUGCAUGACCAUACCGGGAUUUAAACUGCGUCGUUAACCUCAAAAUUCUCGAGUAUAACAUGGAACAUGUAAGACCUGAAAAGUACGAGACCGUUCUGUCUCGUAUAGACGACGAGUACGAGCAAUGUCAGGUGUUGAAGGAGGAAGUAGCCAAGCUAAAGAACCAACUGAAGGCUUUGAAAGUCCUCUCCGACCCAAAUUUCGCGCGUGAAAAGCUGUUCAGGGUACAGGUUAAACUGUUCAGCGAUAUUUUACAUAUUCGCGAUUUGUACUCGGAUGUUCCAAUAAACGAGAUUAGUACUGAUGCAAAAGAAAAUCUCUAUUUUUACUACGUCCAGGUUUACAUUCUCCAGCUGUUCCAUGAGAAAAUUGUUGGUCAAAAUUGGCUUAUCAUUGCUUCCGUUCGUAAUCAGCUGAAGAGCACAACGAAGAUCAUAAGUCUUAAAAACACAAUGAAAAAUCCUCUGACAAUGUUAAUACCUUUCGAAAAGACUUCAGACACUUGCGUUGAUGUGUUUCUCGUAUCGCCCGAAGAUGAAUCGGAUUGGCCCAUAAUGAAAAUCACAACAAAACCAAUCAAUAUUUCUUAUAAAUUCGAAAGCGUAGACACGAGUUUAACAAAAACGAUAUUAAAUAUAAACAAGAUUUACAACGGCCAAACGAAAUCAGAAAGCAAACAAUAUUUCAAAUACUCGAUGAAAUCCAAUUGGAAUAGGGAAACGUUUGUGGAGCGUUUUUUGAAGAAUUCAUACCACAAGUUAAACUUAGUUAAGGUCUUGAAUAAGAACGCGGAGGGUGUCAACUUGGAUGUGUACGCGGGAAACGAGAAAUGUCUUUUGGAAUUUGAGUCUUCCGGUGAUCUAACGAUUCGUUGUCCUUCCGCAACGACUCUUUACAAAUUGAAGAAAUUCUUUAUGGACAACACUGAUAUCAUUCUUAAGAAACACUUCCACGGAGAUUCGCAAUCUUUACAGAUUGCUAAAGAUGAACUGGAAGAAUACAUUCAAUUCGAUAAUGUUAACUUGAACAGUUUCCUCAAGAUAUACGACCAAUACGUUCAAUUUAUAUCUAACUAUCCCAUAUAAUGUAAAUGUAAA